UGCGAUUCAUGAAUGACCUCGAGUUAUUACUACACGCUCAGAAGUCCUGUUCUUGUCGCAGGGCUGCGAUCUUGUUUAUGAUGGAGGGAAGCCGGCAGACGCGAGUGUCUCGGCCGUCCAAGAUCAGCGAAUCCUCAAAGACAUUGAACACACCCAGUUAAAGAACAUUAUCAAACCCUUCCAGCCCCUACAAUCAAGACAGCCACUCGCCCAGCUUCCAGCCCUGCAGUUUUGCCUGCCCUUGAACUUAUAUACGUGGAGUCGGGGUGGGUCCCCUGGGUGCCUGGCUCGUUACUCUUGUCACCCUGCCUCUGAGGUUCAGCCUGGUUGCUGCACGUGCGGGUAGAUCGUGCCCUUCUCGGAGCUGUGGAGUCUUCCAUUGUGUGGCGGCCGCUGUUCAUUUAUCUGCUCUAAAAUGUGUUGAUCCACUUUGAUGCUGAAUUCUUUUUUAUUUUUAAUUAUUUUAUUUAUUUAUUUAUUUGGCCAUGCCGCGCAGCUUGCAGGAUCUUAGUUCCCCGACCGGGGAUCGAACCCGUGCCCCCUGUAGUGGAAUCACGGAGUCCUAACCACUGGACCGCCAGGGAAGUCCCUGAGUUCUUUUCUAAUAUAAGAUACCCCAUACCUGCUUUCCACCCAGUGUUAGAUCCUGAGUUUCUUCACCUGAUUAAGGUGCUAAAGUAAGAAACAAAGGAAUGAACAGGGUUAAUACCACUGGAGAAUGUUGCAGGUUGGAGUUUCUAAAUUAUAUGAAAUGUUGCAACUCAGUUACUGAUGCCAGUUUAACGUUGGGAAGUCACGUUUGUCUGUUUUUAGUUCUGGUCUCUGCUGCUGUACUAAAUAACCAGAAAUGGGCUGUAGUCAAGACCCAGGUAAAGAAUUAAACUUGCCCGUUUAGCCUGGAGACCCAGCUGUAGAAACAGUGGCUGCCGUCCCCCCUGCCCUGGCUCGCUGCAGCAGGUGGCUCCCCUGGUAGCUGUCAUCUGGGGCUCUCCCCAGUCCCCGCCCCUCCCCAGGGCUGUUUCCCUUUUCACGCGGUAGCCUGGGGGCGUGUGUGCCCCUUUUUAAGCGGGGUAAUUCCAGCACCCUCACCAGCUUGGAAACAACCAGGAGCCCAUGGUGGGCUGACAGCCCACCUGAUGCCCCUCACUUGCUUCUCUAGGACACUAGCCUUCACUGUUACUCGGUAGCUUGCCGCUGUAGUGCCUUUUUCAUUGCCUGCCUUCAGUCCGCACCCAAGAGGGGCCCCAAGCCAAUAUGUGUUGAAGCCCAGACCAGGCCAGCCUGGCUCUCUCUGAAUAACCAGGAUAGAGGGAGAUACCUGUGUAUAUGGACCUUCAGGAAACCAUCCUGUAAUGUAAGGUAGGAGAGCUUGGCUCUGUAAACUGGGAAGGGAAGGAAGCUUUAGGGAACGUCUGUUUGGUACCCUCAGAAUGUGAGGACAUUGCCCGAGACUGUUGCACAGACAGAGCGAUUGAUGUGGGAAUUGGCUGGACAGGGAAGAACCACGGGAAAUAAAGUGCCCCAAUUACUAAUGCAUCGGAGGCGGUAAGGAGCAGAUUUGGAAGGGAAGAAAAAACCACCCCCCUGCCGUAGGACACAUGUUGAGAAGUAACCCAGAAGGACCUGUGCACCAGUCACCCAGCUGCUCACACCUGCUGAGCCCUCACCCACCUGUCUUCCUUUCCACCACCACUUCCCCUCGGGCUUAACGCCUGCCCCGCCCCUUUCCCCAGUCCUCCCUGAAUCGCCCUGCUACCUAGUUGGUAUUUCUGAAUGGUCUGUUUUUCCAUAUGUUGAAUUUUUUUGUUGUUUUUAUAGGGAAUAAAUAAAGCAGUGUGAAAUAUCCUAAUUAGUUCUUCCAGGGCAUAGAAACCGUUGUCUGGGUCUGAUUUUUCUUUGCAUCUUCAAAAGCCCAGGGCAGGCAGAUAACAGUCAAGCAAUGUCCACCAACCUGAAUUUAUUGAAUUAAUUCCUAUUAACUAUUCAUAUUAAUAGAUUCGUUAAUUCCCGUGUAGCGUGGUGAUUAAAGGUUUGGGCUCUGGGAUCAGACGUAGGUUCAAAUCCCAGCCCCGCCCCUCAGUCCCUGUGGGACUUUGGGCAAGUUCCUUAGUCUCUCUGAAGCUCACUUUUCCUCCUCUGGAAUAAGGGGGUUACAACUGACGUUCCGUUGGAGGGUUCCUGGGAUGCUCAAAUGAGAGUGUGCAGGCGAGUGCACAGUGCGGUCUGCGGCACAUACAGCUCCCGGGAAAAGACAGCGUUCCUGCAAUUUACAUACAUUUUCUGGCAAUGACUGUUGAAGCCGUGUCUCUGAAAGUAAGAUUCCCCAGAGCACGUUAGUCUGGAUAUAUUGCAGAGUCUCUGGGACCCUCUAGCUCCCUGGACUGGUCUCUGUAGCAUAGCUGUCGGCACCGCGACUCCGUGGGAACUGACGGUCACAGCUGCUGACUUUGCUCCCGCUGUCCCCGGGCCAGCUCUGCGCUAUGUUCUGGCUCAUGACCCCUCCCCCGCACCAAACCUGGGGAGACCAGGAGCCGAGGCUCAGAGGCUGCUCGGGACUCCCCCAGGUCACACAGCUGCAGAGCAGUGGCGCUGGGGUUCCACCGGCUCCUGUCCGACUUGAGAGGCCACGCCCCAGGCAACUUCACCUCCCGAUAGGACAGCGUUUCCGAACCUAUGUGCCGUGACCCACACACACUAAGGAGGAAAGAGACAGGGAAGGAAGGGAACUUUGGGGAACCCUGUUUACAAAGAAGGAGGAGAGAGGGAAAACGAAACAAAGGGAAAAAGAAAGAUUGAGUUAAAAUUUUUAUUUGUAAAGAAGGGAGGAAAUAUACAAACAUAUGCACACGUACAGGGAAACACCCUGACUUUCUGCGAGGUGCUCUGACACCUUGUUGCCUGUUCUCUCAUUCCACUGUAUGUCAGUGCUGGUCGCGUAGCGCUAGCUGGGCCGCUGCGGUGUGGGGGCGGGUUGGCGGCCCCCUCCCCUCCUGACGCGCGCUCUCCACCGCCACCGCAGGCGUACCGCUGGGCCGACCACUCAAGCACGGUGCUGCAGCGGCUGAACGAGCAGCGCCUGCGCGGCCUCUUCUGCGACGUGGUCCUGGUGGCCGACGAGCAGCGCGUGCCAGCCCACCGCAACCUGCUGGCAGUGUGCAGCGACUACUUCAACUCCAUGUUCACCCUCGGCAUGCGCGAGGCCUUCCAGAAGGAGGUGGAGCUGAUCGGCGCCUCCUACGUCGGGCUCAAGGCCGUGGUGGACUUCCUGUACGGCGGGGAGCUGGUGCUGGACGGUGGCAACAUCGACUACGUCCUGGAGACAGCCCACCUGCUGCAGAUCUGGACGGUGGUGGACUUCUGCUGCGAGUACCUGGAGCAGGAGGUGAGCGAGGACAAUUACCUGUACCUGCAGAAGCUGGCCUCCAUCUACAGCCUCAGGCGGCUGGACGCCUUCCUUGACGGCUUCAUCCUCAGCCGCUUCGGCACGCUGUCCUUCACACCCGACUUCCUGCAGAACGUCUCCGUGCAGAAGCUGUGCGCCUACCUGGGCAGCAGCCAGGUGCAGCGGGAGUGCGAGCACGACCUGCUGCAGGCGGCCCUGCAGUGGCUGACGCAGCGGCCCGAGCGCGAGGCCCACGCCUACCAGGUGCUGGAGAACAUCCACUUCCCGCUCAUCCCCAAGAACGACCUGCUGCACCGCGUCAAGCCGGCCGUGUGCUCACUGCUGCCCCGCGAGGCCAACUGCGAGGGCUUCAUCGAGGAGGCCGUGCGCUACCACAACAGCCUGGCGGCCCAGCCGGUCAUGCAGACCAAGCGCACGGCCCUCCGCACCACCCAGGAGUGCCUGCUGUUUGUGGGCGGCGAGGUCUCCGAGCGGUGUCUGGAGCUCAGCGACGACACCUGCUACCUGGACGCCCAGAGCGAGCAGUGGGUCAAGGAGACGCCCCUGCCGGCCCGGCGGAGCCACCACUGCGUCGCCGUGCUGGGGGGGUUCAUCUUCAUCGCUGGCGGCAGCUUCUCGCGGGACAACGGAGGGGAUGCGGCAUCCAAUCUUCUUUAUAGGUAUGACCCCCGCUGUAAACAGUGGAUCAAGGUGGCCUCCAUGAACCAGCGCCGCGUGGAUUUCUACUUGGCCUCCAUCGAAGACAUGCUGGUGGCCGUCGGCGGCCGGAAUGAGAAUGGAGCUCUCUCGUCGGUAGAAACCUACAGUCCCAAGACCGACUCCUGGUCCUAUGUGGCCGGCUUGCCAAGGUUCACGUACGGCCACGCGGGCACCAUCUACAAAGACUUUGUGUACAUCUCAGGGGGCCACGACUACCAGAUCGGCCCCUACCGCAAGAACCUGCUGUGCUACGACCACCGGACAGACGUGUGGGAAGAACGGCGGCCCAUGACCACGGCGCGUGGCUGGCACAGCAUGUGCAGCCUGGGGGACAGCAUCUACUCCAUCGGCGGCAGCGACGACAGCCUCGAGUCCAUGGAGCGCUUCGACGUGCUGGGCGUGGAGGCCUACAGCCCGCAGUGCAACCAGUGGACCCGCGUGGCACCACUGCUGCACGCCAAUAGCGAGUCGGGGGUGGCCGUGUGGGAGGGCCGCAUCUACAUCCUGGGCGGCUACAGCUGGGAGAACACGGCCUUCUCCAAGACGGUGCAGGUCUACGACCGCGAGAAGGACAAGUGGAGCAAGGGCACCGACCUGCCCAAGGCCAUCGCCGGCGUGUCCGCCUGCGUGUGCGCCCUGAAGCCACGGCUGGAGGACAAGAAGAAGAAGGGCAAGGGCAAGAGGCCGCAGGACCGCGGCCAGUGACGCCGCCGCCGCCGCCUACGGCGCGUCUGGAGACCAGCAGCCACUUGGUAGAAUCCCGGAACCAUUAUCAACGACUUAGCAGCUUUUUUUACUUUUAUGAUUCCUGGUAUUUCUAUGAUAUCACAGUAACCGAUUAAAUAUUCUGUAUGACUUGA